AGAGAAGACAGUCAGCAUCCAUCAUGGCUGUUAACAUCCCAGGAGUGAUAGCCAUGGCGUUUUUCUACCUGUUGGUCCUUGGGACCGGCAUCUGGGCUUCUUUCAAGUCCAAGAGGAAACAGAAGGAAAGUGGAGCCCCUGGAAUGGAGAUGACCCUGCUGGGGAACAGGAGUAUCAACAUGGUGGUGGGGAUCUUCACAAUGACAGCUACGUGGGUUGGAGGAGGCUUCAUCGUUGGAACAGCUGAGAUGAUCUACACGCCCUCUAUGGGACUAACCUGGACACUCAUGAUGAUAAUGGCGUACAGCUCAUCUUUUAUUAUUGCUGGCUCAGUGUUUGCAAAGCCUCUGAGAGAAAGAAACUGUGUGACCAUGCUGGACCCUUUCCAUGCCAAGUAUGGAAAAGCACUAACAGGUGGACUGAGCCUGGCUUCACUUUGUGUAGAUGCACUCAUGGUGACCACAACACUAAUUGGAUUAGGAGGAACCAUGAGUGUGGUCCUGGAUUUGUCCUACACUGUGUGCAUCUGGAUCUCUGCUGCCGUUGCCAUUACCUACACACUGCUGGGAGGUCUCUACUCUGUGGCCUACACAGAUAUUAUACAGCUUGUGCUCUUAUUCGUCAGCUUGGUACCCCCUCAAACACUGAGGAAUUUCUACUCCACCAUCGAGAGCAUCCUAAGGGAGAACAUCAAGACCCCAUACUGGAACCUGACCUCCUAUGGUUCUCCAUCUCCAUAUGAACGUGGGGAAUCAGCUAUAGUUCUUCCCAUCACCCUGCAGCACCUCACCCCGGCCUUUGUCUCCAUUAUCGGUACUGGAUGUGUGGCCGCUGCUGUGAUGUCGUCAGCUGACUCUGCAUUGCUUUCUGCAGCUUCUGUCUUCACCUCCAACAUAUACAAGAACAUCCUGAGGCCUCAGGCAUCAGAGAGAGAGACUCAGUGGGUGAUCCGUGCUUCUGUGUUGGUAGUGGGCUUGAUUAGUACAUCGCUGACCAACCUGAGAAACAGCAUCCUAACAUUUUGGUUCACUGGUGCUGAAGUGGCCUACAUUGUAAUCUUCCCUCAACUCGUUUGCGUCCUCUUCUUCAACAUCUCCAAUGGUUACGGGGCUGUUAUUGGUUUGCUGGUGGGAUGUGUGUUGAGACUGCUCAGUGGAGAGCCCUCACUAGGAUUACCACCAGUCAUACACUUCCCAGGAUGCACUCUUGAGGAUGGUGUUUAUGUCCAGUACUCUCCAGUGAAGACCAUCUCCAUGCUGUCUGCCACUGCUGCCAUCUUGUUGUUCUCCUAUCUGGUUUCUGUGCUCUUCAACAAAGGGCUGCUUCCUGAGAAGUGGGAUGUGUUCAAAGUGAAAGCUCAGCAGUCACCACAACCACUGACACCAACAGAUGAAUCAGAACAUAAUGAAAAGGAGAAAUUAAACAGAAGCAACUCUCAGACAGCAGCAUCAGAGCCAAUGAUUAACACAAGCUGUUAGUGCUUCUGUGUGUACAGCAGUAUCUGUUUUCUAGAAGAAUAAUAUGGACUAAAUAUAGAGUAAAACUAAAAGUAGCCAACGUCACUCUGGAUAUUACUGCAACCAAAACAUGCAUGUUUUGAUGCCUAAAAUUAUAAUUCAUU